AUAUGCCAGCAACCGUGAUGACUGGCAGUUGUCUGUGAGUCCUGAUUGACUUGAAAGUCAUAAUGAUAACAGUGCAACUAGAAAUGGUUUUAAGGGAUUCUUUUGACCAAGAGCUUCAAGUCAAACAGAGAUGCAAACAGAAAGUCAGCAAGCAGAAGAAGGGGAGAAUGUGUGCGGAAUGGAGGAAGGUGCGCUCUCGUAUGGCCGCACGGCGCAGGCGGGAGAAGGAAAGCCAGCUGUUCAGAGAGUUAGCCACCCUGCUCUCUGUGCCCCCUCCAAUGGAAGUUCAGCUAGAUAAAGCCUUUGUCAUCAGACUUACAAUUGCCCACCUGUGCCUCAGAGCUGUCCUGGACUCCCCUGGCUCUGGUACAGUGCCAGAUAUGAGGCAAGCUCUGUCCUCCACUCAGGGGAAGCUAGCUGAAUUGAAUGAAAAGUGGUAUCUCGACUAUGCACUUGGAGGGUUCCUGCUCAUAGUGGCUUUGAAUGGAAAGAUCAUCUUCACCACAAAGAAUGUAAUUUCUCACACAGGAAUCAACCAGAUGGAUUUGAUUGGCCAAAGCUUGUUCGAUUUCAUGCAUCCCUGCGAUCAAAAUGAAAUCAAAGCCAUUCUUAUGAGGCUGAUAGGGAGUCAAAGUGAGCAGACGUGUGAUGUUUUUAUCCGAAUAAAAACUACAGGCAACCACAGACUGAUGCCGUGGAAGGUGAUCCACUGCACUGGAGUCAAGAAGUCAUCCUCUAUUCCAGGGUUCAACUGCCUAAUUCUAUUGUGCAGGUCACUGCCUGUGCAGGAAGUUAUUGAGAUGGAAGCUAACCUUAAUUCCAGAACGUUCUUGAGCGUCCAUGGGCCAGACAUGAAAUUUACCUACUGCCAUUCUGGGGUAUUGGAAAUGACUGGCUUUAGGAACACCGAGCUAUAUGGUCAGUCGGUGUAUCAGUACUAUCAUCCAUCUGAUUGCCAGCUUGUGCUCAAGGCACACCUCAUCUUGCUCUCAAAAGGUCAGGUGUAUACUGGAAGAUAUCGACUGCUGCAGAAAGGCGGUGGCUAUGUUUGGGCAGAGACAGAUGCAGCAGUGGUCUACAACAUCCGAACCGGGAAGCCAGAGAGUGUUAUAUGUAUCAACUACAUUCUGAGUGCAGUGGAGCUGCCAGAUGUGGUGUUUUCUCUAGAGCAGACAGACCAUUUGUUGAAACCAUGUGACUCCGUCAAGCCUAUGGGCCAGUCAAUCCCUGCACCAUUCAUUAGAGCCUUACAGAACAGGUCCUCCCAGGCUACAUAUACAACCACUGAAAAGCACACAAAUAUUGUGUCUCCUCACUGUGAAAAAGGAGCAGCUAAUGGCUGUAUAGAGAUUAUGCUAAAGACAGCUGUGUGUGACUGUCAACUGAUUCAUGCACUGCCAGUGCUAAGAAGAUAUGUGAAAAUGGCUGUUUCUCUUCAGGAUAUUUGUGAGCUGGAUUUGGAUAGCCUGGCACCAUACAGUCCCAUGGACGAGGAAGACUUCCUGCUAACACCCCGUUUAGAUAGAGCAGUAGUCCAUUCAGAAUUGAAGAGCCACUUGAAACUAGACUCAGGGCUGCACAGUCCUGUGGAGAAAGUCUUUCUGCCCACAACAGGCAUUUCGUCUACCUUGCAACACACUGACAGUUAUUUUUCUCCAACAAACUGGGUUAGCAAGAGCCCUGAACUCAUUCCAGCAAGCCAGUUGCAUGAAUUCAUGAACAAAAUCAACAGAAAACAACAGGUACAGCCCAAUUGUGGAAUCGCCUCCAUUCAAAAUAAGCCAAAUCAGCAAAGGACAGACACAGUGAAGGUCUUAGAACAUCUUACCAAAAAUCUCUGCAAAACCUCUGAUGAAAGAAUCAUUUGCAGUUGUUGCCAGAAUCCUCCAAGGUCAGUGUGCUGGGGCCCUAAAUACUCCAGACUCUCCUGGUGUCCUCCAGGACCUCUCUUCCAACAUACCAAAGCCACGGAGGAAAAAAUGUGCUCAGCAUCAGUGGGCUUACCUGUGCUGAGCAGGUGGGAGUGUGAAGUGAAUGCCCCAUUAGGACCCACUUCUUACCUGCUUCAGGGGACUGAGCUCACCACUGUCCUUGACCAGGUUGCCUCAAGGGUGUCCUGGUACUAAUGAGAGCAAUGCAAAAGCCUGUUUCAAGGUGUCUGCUUUCUUAAGACAGGUAUCAUUUUGCAUUAUAGCAACUAUUGCUCAUUUAUGACUUCAUUAACUUACUAUGACUCACCACAUAAUUUAUUAGAAACAUCUAUCUUGUACCUCUGCUGACAUUUUAUUAGAAAUACUUACCCUGCACCUGACACUUUAUUAGGUACAGAUCUCUUAUAGGUGUUUAUACAUGUAUAGUUCCUGAGUGUGGCUCAAAUUGUGCAAUGUAAAAAAAGGGCUAUAGCCUUUA